GCCGGCGCGCCCGACCCAAUGACCCGGAAGUGUUCCCUCUUCCGAUGCCAUGACCGUGUUACAUUCGGCCGCCCUUGUCGGCCUGUCCCUGGCCAACUUUGUUUUCGUUUCGUGGAGCGCGGCCGAGUUCGUGGCGUUUGUUUCCCUGCGGCAGAUUUACCGGGAGAGCAGGAGACCGGGAGGGGCGGCGACAGGCCCCGAGGCAGAUGUAGGCAAACACGUGGAAUGGCAGGGUGUCUUCAGAGACAAGCAGGUACAGCAGGCUCUCCUCUUCAACCUGGCACUACUCGCACUCUUCAUCCUGCAGCACAGCGUUAUGGCAAUGGAAACAGUGAGGAGAUGGACACUAACUUGCUUCGGGGUCCUCCAGCGAUCGGUCUAUGUCUUCUGCACAGCAGCCUCUCUCCAGCUGCUCAUGCACUACUGGCAGCCCACCCAUGCUGCCCCCCUGCUGUGGAGCGUGUCCAAGGAGCCCUGGGUUACCUGGUUUCCAUUGAUCUGUUUCAUUGUUCACGUCAUUGCCUGGCUGAUCAUCUUCAGCAUUGUCCUCAUCUUUGACUACGCCGAGCUCAUGGGUCUCAAGCAGGUUUAUUAUUGUUGUCUCGCUCUUGGAGACCCCAUGGAACUGAAAUCGCAGAAGGCCCAGCGUUUGUACGGCCACCUGCGGCACCCAGUCUUCCUGGAGUUCCUGGUCAUCCUGUGGUUGCUGCCCAGUUUGUCCCUCGACCGCCUGCUGCUGUCCACUGCCUUCACCCUGUACAUGAUCUGCGGCCACAGCCUGGACCAGCACGAUUAUCACUACCUGCGUUCGCAGCUCAACAAGAAGUUUGAGAUCUUCUCCCGGGAGGAGAGCACUCACGGCCACCUGGCAGAUCACAACGGCCUCGGAGAGUCGGCCAAAUACCAGGAGUAGCUUCCAAGUCUUGGAGGGGGCACCCAACCUUGGAAACAGUUGCUACUUUAUGUCUGCUCUGUGACUCCUAAACUGUACAAGGCCUUGGUAAUCUUUAACUUUGGCCGCAGAUAAGUGUGUGUUUUUUUCCUUUCGAAAGAUGCAGUUCAGGUUCGCAUGGCGGUCAGCCUCGGAGUCUUUCCUUCUCUGCUGGUACCGACCGUCCCAUCAAACUCAGGUAUCACACGGGCCAGAUGUGCAGUUUAUUCUGGCUCAAACAAUGUGCCUUUGCUUCCAUCCUCAGAAAACGUCCUCUUCCCCCUUCCUGUCGUUCUGACUGAGUACCGCACCAUUCUAUCACUAUUCCAUAACCAUGCUGCAGACUGCACUGACUAGAGUUGCCAGAUCAGUGCCCAUCAGUGUUUUCAAGACAACAUCCUACUGUGCCUGCUUUUCACUUCCAAAGCAUUUUGUUCCAUUUAGAUCAUAUCAUGUUUCACUUUUAACACGUAGUCUUCCAUUUCCAGGAAAUGUAUAAUUUUGUGAACGUUGAGCGUCACACUGGGGCAGUCUUUGCUAUGACAUACCAUGCCCACAAGAAACAACUUUGUGUUACCCUGAGCAAAUUUCAUACAGAGUCCUUAUGGCUUUCAUUCCUUCCAAAUGAAACGGCUUUAGCGAGGAAAGAUUUCCCAGGAUGAAUGUUGAAAGUGUCUGAGUGAAGGGUGAACCAGUCAGGAAUUCUGAUGCCUUCGGAAAGAAUCACGCAGGAGGCAUUAACAUUCCCUAAUUAUGCCCAGUUUGGGACUCUGUCUUAGACCAGAGUGGAACGUCAAAGUCUUCCAGUGAGUGACCUUGGUCAGUGAUAAUUUCAAAUCGUUGAGUUUGACAACUCCCAUUUGUAAAAGCGAGUGGUAUAUGGACAAUUGCGUUCUACUGUAAGUGACAUGAUUGAAAUUCUGGGUGUGUAAUUUCUUUUUAUCAAUUUUUAUCAAAAAAAAAUUAUGUCUGGAAUAAUAAAUGAUUGCCUUGAGACGGCAGCUUCU